AUGGCCUUGAACCCUGAGGACCCCUGUGGGGGGUUCCACCACGCCAAGGUGGUGACCUUCAUCAACGAGAAGAUAGCCGGGCACGUGAAAGGCCCCGAGUUCUACCUUGAGAAUAUGUCCUUGUCCUGGGAGGAGGUGGAGGACAAGCUCAGGGCCAUCCUGGAGGACAGCAAUGUGCCCAGCGAGGCCAAGGAGGCCUGCACCUGGGGCGGCCUGGCCCUGGGUGUGCGCUUCGUUCGCAGGCAGAGCCAGUUACAGGGGCACAGGGUGCAGCAGCUGUACAACUUCGCCAAGCUGCACAGGUCAGCCACGCAGGCCCUGGCAGCAGACCUCAAGGAACUCAAUGCGUAGCAGGAGCUAGAGCGCAAGGAGGCAGCCCUUCAGCUGCAGCUGCUCGAGGCCUCCCUGGCGGAGGUGCAGAAGGAGCGGGACUGGCUGAGGUGGAAGCUCCUCCAAGAUGAAUUGCAGCAGCCCCUGGAGCGGGCCACAGGGUGGCCAAGCCUGGUCACUACUGGUGGGGCUGGGACAGAAGGAGAAGGUGAGGAGGAAGAGGAGGUGGAAGAAGAGAAGGCGGUGGCUGCUGCUGCUGAUGCCACAGAAGGAGAAGAAGAGAGGGAUGCGGCAGGGGCUGCCACCGCCCCUGUUAUCGAGGCCGCACAGGAGCUGGGUGGAAGCUUCCUGCAGCUUUUUGGAGCAGUGGGGUGGAAAAUUUUCACCUCCAGAGGGCAGAGGGAGGGCGAGCUCAGGUCAGUGGAAACAGCCAUGUUUUAUUUCUCUGGGGCCAUGAAAUCCGGGCCCACAGCCUCGCUGGCACCCUUUUCUGUCCAACUCCGUGCCUCAUUCACAUACUCCUACUCGUGCUCCUUAUCCCGAUUCCCAGACCCACCCACACCCGCACCAGCCCCACCAGCAGCCACGUUCACAGCAGCGGCUCCACCUCAGAUGGCUCCCCACGAGGGGGCCUCUGAUGUUAGCUUUUGAUCCCAAAGAGGCAGGAAAGACCAGGAACUCCAUCAGCAGAGAAGGCCUCCAGUAGCGCACAGGCUGGGGGAUUGGGACUACCCUUGGUGUAAAGCUGUGAAUUUUUCACGGAGGGAAAUUUGCUUCUGCUGUGGAAGGGGAAUCUGGGUACAAAACUUAGUGAAUGCAGAAAUGUGA